AUGUUGAGAGCUGCUGGCUUGAGAGCUGUGAGAUCACAGCGUUGUGGUUAUAGCUUGGUGCUGGCUCAAUCCAGAUUCAAUUCAUCAAAUGGGUCAUCACAGACACAAUCACAAAAUCCAAAAGAUAGUUCCACUACUCCAAAUUCAAAUAUUUCUAAGAAAGUUGAAAAUAGAGCUAGUAAAGAAAGACAAGAAACACAUUUGAAGGUAUUACAAGAUAUUCAAAAUUCCAUGGUUAAAGUUCCAUCACCUAGAAAAUUGAAAAAUUAUCUUGAUAAUUAUAUUAUUGGACAAGAUACAGGUAAAAAAGUUAUGUCAGUUGCAGUUUAUAAUCAUUAUUUAAGAAUCAAUGAUAAAGCUAAAAAAUUAGCUAAAAAAUUAGCAAAAGAGAAACAAAAAGAAGAUGAUGCUAUAUAUUCAUUUAGUGAUAACGUUAAACCAAAGAAAAAUAAAGAUGCAGAACAAUUAAGUUUUUCAUUAGAUAAUGAAGAUCAAGAUUUAGAAUUAAGUAAAUCAAAUAUAUUAUUAUUAGGUCCAUCAGGUUCAGGUAAAACAUUAAUUGCUAAAACAUUGGCUCGUGUAUUGAAUGUUCCAUUUUCUAUAACAGAUUGUACACAAUUAACACAAGCUGGUUAUAUUGGUGAGGAUGUUGAAUUAUGUAUUGAAAGAUUAUUAAUUAAUAGUAAUUAUGAUGUGGAAAAGGCGGAAAAGGGGAUUGUUGUAUUGGAUGAAGUUGAUAAAUUAUCUAAACCUUCAAUGUCAAAUGGUACAAAAGAUGUUGCUGGAGAAGGUGUUCAACAAGCAUUAUUAAAAUUAAUUGAAGGUACAAAUGUUCAAGUUCAAGUUAAAAAACCUGUAAAUAAAGAAAAAGAUUCACAAAAUAAUAAUCAACAAAUUUCCAAAAAAAAUGAAACUUAUCAUAUUGAUACAAGUAAUAUAUUAUUUGUUUUAAUGGGUGCUUUCAUUGGAUUAGAUGAACAUAUUUCAACAAGAUUAGCUAAAUCAUCAAUUGGAUUCGAAGCAGAUAUAAAUACUGAUCAAGAUAAAGAUGGUAAAAAAUAUAGUUUGAAGCAAAUUAAAUUAGAAGAUGGACGUAAAGUUUCAGCAUUAGAAUUAAUAACACCACAAGAUUUAACAUCAUUUGGUAUGAUUCCAGAAUUAAUUGGUAGAAUUCCCAUAAUAACAGGAUUAGAUUCAUUAAAUGAAACAGAUCUUUUAUCUAUAUUAACUGAACCUAAGAAUGCUAUAUUAAGUCAAUAUGAAUAUAUUUUCCAACAAUUUGGAGUAAAUUUAAAAAUUACUAAACCUGCAUUGAAAAAAAUUGCAGAUUUAUCAUUAAAAGAAGGUACUGGAGCAAGAGGAUUACGUGGUAUAAUGGAAAGAUUAUUAUUAACGGUUAAUUAUGAAUGUCCAGACUCUGGGAUUCAAUUUGUCCUUGUGAAUUCAGAAACUGUUGAUUCUAUAAAUUCUGGUAAAGUUAAAGCACAUUAUUAUGGAAGAGGUGAUUUAUUUCAAUUUGUUGAAGAUGUUUUGGAGGAGGAUCCAAUUUUAGGGAAACAACUUCAAACGGAGUUCAACAUCACACCAGCCAAUGAUCAUGAAACAGUAGCAGCAUCGGGAUAA